AUGUUCCGCACCGCAGUGAUGAUGGCGGCCAGCCUGGCGCUGACCGGAGCCGUGGUGGCUCACGCCUACUACCUCAAGCACCAGUUCUACCCCACGGUGGUGUACCUGACCAAGUCCAGCCCCAGCAUGGCAGUCCUGUACAUCCAGGCCUUCGUUCUUGUCUUCCUUCUGGGCAAGGUGAUGGGCAAGGUGUUCUUUGGACAGCUGAGGGCAGCAGAGAUGGAGCACCUUCUGGAACGUUCCUGGUACGCGGUCACUGAGACUUGUCUGGCCUUCACUGUCUUUCGGGAUGACUUCAGCCCCCGCUUUGUCGCGCUCUUCACUCUCCUCCUCUUCCUCAAGUGUUUCCACUGGCUGGCGGAGGACCGUGUGGAUUAUAUGGAACGCAGCCCCAACAUCUCCUGGCUCUUUCACUGCCGCAUCGUCUCCCUUAUGUUCCUCCUGGGCAUCCUGGACUUCCUCUUCGUCAGCCAUGCCUAUCACAGCAUCCUGACCCGUGGGGCCUCUGUGCAGCUGGUGUUUGGCUUCGAGUACGCCAUCCUGAUGACCAUGGUGCUCACCAUCUUCAUCAAGUACGUGCUGCACUCCGUGGACCUUCAGAGCGAAAACCCCUGGGACAAUAAGGCCGUGUACAUGCUCUACACAGAGCUGUUUACAGGCUUCAUCAAGGUUCUGCUCUAUCUGGCUUUCAUGACCAUCAUGAUCAAGGUGCAUACCUUCCCUCUGUUUGCCAUCCGGCCUAUGUACCUGGCCAUGAGGCAAUUCAAGAAAGCUGUGACAGACGCCAUCAUGUCUCGCCGAGCUAUCCGCAACAUGAACACACUGUACCCAGAUGCCACCCCAGAGGAACUUCAGGCAAUGGACAAUGUGUGCAUCAUCUGUCGAGAAGAGAUGGUGACUGGUGCCAAGAAACUGCCCUGCAACCACAUUUUCCAUACCAGCUGCCUGCGCUCCUGGUUCCAGCGGCAGCAGACCUGCCCUACUUGCCGAAUGGAUGUCCUGCGUGCCUCGCUGCCAACCCAGUCACCACCACCACCUGAACCUGCGGAUCAGGGACCACCACCUGCCCCUCACCCCCCACCACUCCUGCCCCAGCCCCCCAACUUCCCCCAGGGCCUCCUGCCUCCCUUCCCACCAGGCAUGUUCCCGCUGUGGCCCCCCAUGGGCCCCUUUCCUCCCGUCCCGCCGCCCCCCAGCUCAGGAGAGGCUGCGGCCCCUCCGUCCACCAGCGCAGCGCUUUCUCGGCCCAGUGGAGCAGCCACAACCACAGCUGCUGCCGCCUCUGCCCCGGCACCUGGCUCUGCCCCCGCCUCCGAGGCUGCUCCCGCCCCGGGCUUCCCCUUCCCCCCUCCCUGGAUGGGGAUGCCGCUGCCGCCACCCUUUGCCUUCCCCCCAAUGCCUGUGCCCCCCGCCGGCUUUGCUGGGCUGACCCCGGAGGAGCUGCGGGCUCUGGAAGGCCACGAGCGGCAGCACCUGGAGGCCCGGCUGCAGAGCCUGCGCAACAUCCACACGCUGCUCGAUGCCGCCAUGCUGCAGAUCAACCAGUACCUCACCGUCCUCGCCUCCUUGGGGCCCCCCCGGCCUGCCCCCUCAGUCAACGCCACUGAGGAGACUGCCCCCCCAGUUGCUGCUGCCGCCUCCUCCACCAGCAUCCCCAGCUCUGAGGCCACCACCCCGUCCCCAGGAGCUUCCCCACCAGCCCCAGAACCUGAAAAGCCUCCAGCUCCCGAGUCCGUGGGCACCGAGGAGCUGUCUGAGGACGGGGAGCCGGAUGCAGCUGAGCUCCGCCGCCGCCGCCUGCAGAAGCUGGAGUCCCCCGUUGCCCAUUGA